AAAAAAGAAAGAGAAACUGUACAAAGAGAAUGAUGUAAAAAUGGAUAUUGGCGUGCGUGCAUAAAUAGCACAGACAAGAAAAUUCCUUUUAACGUAUAGAGCCGUUUGGUUUGGUUGAGUUGAAUUUUACGAAGCAGAAGCACACACUGUCAUGACCGCCAUGAAAGCUCUUCUCAAUCCACAACUAUCUUUCAUUCCCAUCUCUUCCCUUUGCGCCGGAAAAUCCCCUAAUUGGACUCCCAAUCACCACAUCGGAACACUCGUCAAUCUCCACUCGAAGAAUUUCGGACUUCGGAUUGGAAGCCGGACAUGUUUCACUGCGAGAGCUGUGCUGGAAUCGGCCACCAUCGACCAGUUCGGACUUUCCGAAUCGGAUAUUCGGAAUCCGGCUGUUUCUUCCACGUAUCGGAGUUCGGAGUUGCCGAAGCCGAAUCAGACGGUGCUUGAUGCUCAGGCUAGGGUUUGUACCGGACCUACUCAGACUAAACCGCUCAGCGAAGAACAGGCUACUAAGGUUCUCGAUACCAUUUUGAAAUCUGCUCGGGGUGAGCUGAAAGAUGAGGAAGAAGUGUCAAAGGCACAAAUGGGUGCUUUUUUUGCUGGGAUGACGAUUCGAGCCAAUGCGUUUCCAGAAGCUACACAAUGGAGUGAAGGGGAAAGGAGAGCCAUGAACACAUUUUGGCCACUGCUUGUUCGAGCACUACCGCCUGAUGUGAUCUUCAUAGCUGAUCCCGAAGGAUCUAUUAUAGGUGCUGGGAGUUCAAUUGGGCCUCGAUUUGUUGGCAAUUCUAGUAGCGAAAUGAGAUUGGUUGGUGCUCUAAGAGAAGUUUUAGCUGGAGGGCACCUUGGGUUUGAGGAAGUUCAAGGUGUUUUAAGAGAUGUUCUUCCAUUGAAAAUGGAUAAUGAUGAUGCAAUACCCAGUGGUGUAAGUGAAUCUUUGCUUUCGGCUUUUUUAAUUGGUCAGCGUAUGAACAGAGAAACAGACCGCGAAUUAAAAGCUUACUGCCUUGCAUUUGAUGAUGAACUUGGGCCUCCUCCUGUUGCUGAUGUUAGAUCAUUGACCCAUUAUGGGGAGCCUUAUGAUGGAAAUACUCGUUUUUUUAGGAGCACUUUGUUUGUAGCUGCAGUUAGAUCCUGUUAUGGUGAAUCUUGCUUGCUUCACGGUGUAGAAUGGUUGCCUCCUAAGGGAGGAAUUACUGAAGAACAAAUGCUGAAGUUUAUGGGAGCCAAUACGAAUCUCUCUCCCUUGCAAGCAAAAACACUUAUCGAGGACGAAGAAGUUGGUUUUGCCUACGUAAGUCAACGUGAAGCCCGGCCAUCUCUAUAUUCCUUGAUUAGUCUGAGGGAACAUAUAAAGAAACGCCCUCCGCUGGCAACAACCGAAAAAGUUCAGCAAUUUGUGAGGGCCCGGGGAAAGGAAGCAAUUGUUUCUGGAUUUUAUCACGAAGGCUAUGAGGAGCCACUUCUAAUGCUCAUGAAAAGAAGAGGUGUACAUGCAGGCUUGGUGGUGAAGGGCGAGGAAGGGGCCCUUUCAAUGACGACAAGAUCACGGUCACUAAAUUCAUCUAAAGGACUUCCUGUAAACUACUGUUCUGGUUUUCGCGCAGCAGGCUUAGGAGUUUCUGAAGUUGAUGGAGUCUCCCUUGAAAGUUUUAGCCUUGAGGUAAAUGCCAAAGACUACGGUAUUGAGCCCACCGACACACCAAGAACUGAUAGAUCGGUUACGAAGAAUAUAGAGCUGGGUUUAGCAGCUCUUCAUGGUAAAAAAGGACCAGCUUAUGAUCGAAUCAUCUUAAAUGCCGGAAUGGUCGAUCACUUGCUAGGAUGUGAUGGUGCAGAAGACAUAUCUGUUGCACUGGAUAGAGCAAGAGAAGCCAUCGACAGUGGCAGGGCUCUAAAGAGGUUACUAAAUUACAUAAAGAACUCAAAGAAAGUACAGAAGUAAGUUCAGAAAUGCUUGUUUUGAUACUACAGAAAAGAAAAACAGUUUGCUUUUUUUUUUUUACUUCACACAAAGGAAUCAAUAUAGGAGCAGGAGAGAUCGUUAUAUUGAGAUUUAUACCUCUUUUGU